AUGGCACAUGAUCCCGCCGUCAAAGGUCCAUUCAAAAAGUUAUUAGAAACUUUACAUAUCUUUUCUCCCUCAUUAUUCCCUACAGAAGAUAGAUCGCAGUCGAUUGCAAACUCUUCAGAAAAUCAAAUUUUACGUGACCUUCGUGAGGAAUGUAGUACGAACAUUGAAAGUUCAAGUAAAUGCACUCUGUUGUCGACGAACCCUUCUAAAACCACAACUCUCAAUCACGUUGUUCAAGGAAACGAAAGUGCGAAUGAUAAAUCUGAAGAAACUGUAAAUACAAUUUCGGACAAAAAAGAUUGUAAAGAUAUGCGUCCAAUCGCAACUUCCGAAUUUACUCUAGGUGGGAACUACUUUUAUUUCAUUUAUGUCCCACUCAUAGUCAGUAGUGCUGUGGCUUUGAUCAUUAGUUUAUGGAUGCUAAAUCGUGAAAGUGCGAUCUCCGACAAAUAUGGCACAUAUUUCGCGAGAUUCCAAUAA